CGACCACCACCAUCCUGCAGACGACCUCGCAUGCUCCCCUCGCCCUCCGCAUAGUCAUCCCGGCUCUCGUGCGACGACAUGCCACCUUAUCUGGAGCUCAGUCUACGGGUCCUUGCCAGGGCUUUCAUUGAUCCCACCGACCCCGGUGGAGAUCCUGGCCCCCCUCCUGGCUCGCCACCAAGAAUGAGAUACGAUGGGCCCUGGUUUGCCACCCAGCUCACGAUAUCCGGCGUCAUUGGUCUUCUUUCCUUUCUGGUGUUCUCGUAUUGUCGCACAAGAUGGCCGCUCCUCUUCGCCCCUCGCACCAAAUUGAAAGGUUUUUCUCCCCAUGAGGCGCACGCCAAGCAGGCCUUCUUCGGCUGGAUCCUCCCUACCAUCCGAAUCUCCGAGUUCACAGUGCUGCAAAUCGUCGGUCUUGAUGCUGCUGUACUCCUGAGCUUCUUCAAGAUGUCGUUCUGGCUCUUUUCCUCAUGCUCCGUCCUUGCUGCCGUCAUCCUCAUGCCCAUAAAUCUGAAGAAUAAUAUUGACAUCGGAGAUGGACGAGAAGACGCACCUUUUCCUGGGAAUUAUACCGAGCCUCCUACGACGGAUCCCACUGCACCUCCCACAUCCUGGGAUAACUGGUUUGACCUCAUCAGCGAUGCCAGCAGCUACCUAUCUGUUCACCUCCUCUUUACCUACGUUUUCACCAUUCUCGCUCUGAGGGCUAUUUACAAGAACUUCAAGAGGUUCAUUCGAUCCCGCCAAUUGUUCUCUCUAGAGCUCGUACACUCUGUCCCCGCAAGGACAGUCAUGGUCACCCAUCUACCUCAGCACCUCCAGUCUGAACCUGCUUUGGCGGAGUACUUCGAACAAAUGGACCUGGCCGUAGAGAGCGUUAACAUCUGCAGGGAAGUCGGCUCGCUGAAGAACCUUCUCGACAUUCGCACGCAGGCUCUCUUAAAGCUCGAGGCUGCGUGGGUCGACUACCUCGGUAAUCCUAGCCAGGUCGCACCGAGUAGGUCAAUCCGGUCGAAUCUCAUCGACGUCGACGAUGCCGCAUCUAUAGAGAGCCAGCCCGAGCAGCUCGUCCUGCCUAACCGCAAGCGACCGACCAUCCGCACGGGAUGGUUCUCCCGGAAGGUAGACGCCAUUGAGUACUACGAGGAGAAGUUCAGAGAAGCCGAUGAGCUGGUCAAGAAGCGGAGACGCACGGGACGUUUCAGGCCUACGCACGUCGCCUUUGUCACUUUCGAGAAGAUGUCCAGCGCUCAAAUUGCUGCACAAGCUAUCCAUGCCUCUCAACCGACGCAAAGCUUGACCCACCUCGCUCCGGAGCCGCGCGACAUUGUAUGGACCGCGAUUUCGCACUCUCCCCUCAAUGCCCUGGUGCGCGAGUGGCUCGUCAUGGGUGCCAUGGUCGUGCUGCAGUUCUUCUGGUUCAUCCCAAUCACGGCGCUUGCUAGUCUUCUCUCCCCCGAGGAAAUCAGGAAGACCAUCCCCUGGCUUGGAGAGAUGAUGGACCGCAACGAGCGGAUUGGAGCGCUCGUGCAAACGCUGUCGUCCCUGGGUAUGGUGAUGCUGAACGCAACGCUACCGUUCCUACUGGAAGGCCUAACUUACAUCCAACCUUUGCCCGCGAGGAGCUGGAUCGAAUAUUCGGUGAUGAAGAAAUACUUCCUCUUUCUCCUGGUGAACGUUGUCUUCAUCUUCCUUGUAGCCAGCACAUACUGGCAGCUUGUCCGAGACCUUGCGCAGUCGCCCGCUAAGGGGCUCGAGAAGUUAGCCCAGGCUCUGAACGCGGGUAAUGCGAGACAUUUCUUCGUUUCAUACGUCAUUUUGCAAGGCUUCGGUCUGAUGCCACUGCAACUCCUGAACCUCGGAAUCAUCAUACCGCGGCUGUUCUUCCGUCUAUUUGUAACACGAACACCCAGAGACUUCGCCGAGCUUAAUGCCCCGCCCAUGAUCAACUAUGGCAUCGUCUAUCCUCAAGCUAUCCUGGUUUUCGUCAUUACUCUUCUGUACAGUGUCAUCCAGCCGCUCAUUCUCGUGUUCGGAGCCGUGUACUUCGGUGUGGCGUACGUCGUCUACAAGUACAAAUUGCUAUUUGUGUUCUAUAAGCCGUACGAGUCGCAGGGCCAGGCUUGGCCGAUCACCUUCCAUCGCCUCAUCUGGGGCGUUCUCAUCUUCAUCAUUUUCAUGAGCGGCAUGUUCAUCGUGAAGAAGUCGUUCAUAUUGGCUACCCUCCUUGCGCCUUUACUCGCUGGCACCCUACUCUGGUGGUACUACACCGACAAGCAGUUCCGUCCUCUGAGCAAGUUCGUCAGCCUGAGUUCUGUGCACGAGGUCGAGCGCGGUGAGGAGAGUGCGGAUGUAGUGAGGCUACGUGCAGGCCAUCCCGUGACGUGGUCCCAGAGCAACCUGAACAGACGCCGAUACGCACAGAAUGAUGAGACGUUGUACGUCGCGCCAGAAGACGAACGGACGGACUACUCUCAGCCGCCGAUGGCCAACUUCUAUAGUGGAGUCCUGAACACUGGCAAGCGACGAUACGGCCACCCCGCGCUGACUGGAGUGCUUCCUGUUCCUUGGCUUCCAAUCAAGAAGGGCCAAAGCCUGAACAGACAUCGUGAUACAGGCGAUGAUGGGAGCCCCGGAGUAGUGCUCACGCUCCGGAAGAAGUACAGCGUCCUCCGUCCACGACCGCAGAGCCAGCACAGCGACGGAUCCGGAGCAAGCACUCAGAGCGUCCCAGAGACCACGCCCGCUGCACCCCCAGCCGAGGGCGACCGUCCCGAGCCCUCUGACCGUUCCGUGCUCGACAGGAAUCCGUGGGAGGAGCAGCCCGCGGGCCAGCGACGCGCGCGGCCGCACAGACGCACGAACAGCGCGCAUCCCGUACAGAGGCGGCUCAGCUUCGACGCCGCGUCUGGCGUCAUCGUCUUGCCCGAAGAUCAGGAUUGGCUGUCUGGGGGCGACAGCGACUCGGAUGACUAUGGGGAGCUGCAGGCGUCCACACUUAUGGACUCGCAGAUCUUACAAGGCGAGCCCUCUGAGGGCGGAUCCGUCGUUGCAGGGACGUUGCCAGCGGCAAAUAAGCGGUACAGCACGUAUUACCACCAUCCGGAGAGGAGGAAGACGUAUACCCGCCCAUGAGAUGGAAGCAGGGCAAGUGGGGCUGGACAGUAAUGUUAGGGCUCUAUCUAGUAAAUCGCACAUAUUUCUAUAAUCCUUCCACAGUAACGAUGUUAUCGCACUUGCCUGCGCUAUCUGUAACGCACUCCAACAUCUCUCUUCACAUAUGACACUACUCGCAUGCUCGCAAUACAUUAGACUUU